GGAUCUCGCACUAAUCCCUACAAAAUGGCGGCUGUUGUUGUUUUGCCGCAGGGUCACUGAACAAAUCCGUUUUUCGUUGCAAUAAUUUUCUGCACUAAAUUGCAUAAACAGCGCAACAAAACCAGACUAGGCGUCCCGACGGUCGGCUCCGUGUGGACUGAGAUGAAAGGUAAAGAGCGGUCGCCGAUUAAAAAACGCUCCCGGGCCUUGGACGAUAUUCGAGACAGGGGAGGAUGCCACCCGACCAGCAAGAAAAUGGGGGCUCUCUCCGUUUCCAGUGGGAGUAAUAAUGGAAACAGCUCGACCAAAAGCGACGGCGGCUCGACGAGAAGGAGCCUGCUCGGCGAAAAAAGAGACAGGGACUUCGACGGACAUUGUAGGACUGGGAAUAACCACAGUUUGUCAGCUGCCGCCAGCUCCGUCGGCAAAAACCACAACCUGAGCCUGACGCUGGAUUUAGCCUCACCGAGGACAACUUCCCGGGGGGAGCAGCGGGUCCAGCCGCCCAGCGCCGAGAGUGAGUACAAGACCCUCAAAAUAAGCGACCUCGGCACCCAGCUGAGCGACGAAGACAUAGAGGAUGGACUAUUUCACGAAUUUAAAAAAUUCGGUGAUGUGAGUGUUAAGAUAAGCCGCAGCAACGACGAACGGAUAGCAUUCGUGAAUUUCAGGAAGCCCGACGACGCCAGAGCUGCUAAGCACGCCAGGGGCCGGCUGGUGCUGUACGACCGGCCGCUGAAAAUUGAGGCGGUGUACAUCAACAGGAGGAGAAGCCGGUCCCCCGUGGAGAGAGACUUGUAUGGUGCAGCUCAAAGCCAUAGACAUUUGCAGAGACCUCUCUCGCCCACCGGGCUGGGAUAUAGAGACUACCGGCUACAGCAGCUGGCCCUGGGUCGGCUCCCCCCUCCCCCGCCGCCCCCUCUGCCCAGAGAGCUGGAGCGGGACCGGGAGUUUGCCCUGUUUGAAGCCAGGGCACGUCCAGCUUUCAUUGCAGAGCGAGCAGCUUUUCGUGAGGAGGAUUUUAUAUCUCCGGAAGAUGACCAAAGAGCCAAUAGGACGUUGUUUUUAGGUAACCUGGACAUAACUGUUACAGAAGCGGACCUGAGGAGAGCUUUUGACAGGUUUGGGGUCAUAACAGAAGUGGAUAUCAAAAGACCCACACGGGGACAAAUCAGCACGUAUGGGUUUCUGAAAUUUGAGAACCUUGACAUGGCCCACCGUGCUAAGCUUAGUAUGUCUGGCAAGGUAGUAGGCCGCAACCCUAUAAAGAUAGGUUAUGGGAAAGCAACUCCUACAACACGCCUGUGGGUGGGUGGACUCGGACCUUGGGUCCCUCUAGCUGCACUGGCAAGAGAGUUUGAUCGUUUUGGCACGAUAAGGACCAUUGACUACAGAAAGGGGGAUACGUGGGCCUACAUUCAGUAUGAAAGUCUGGAUGCUGCACAAGCGGCAUGCACACACAUGAGGGGCUUCCCGCUGGGAGGCCCAGAGAGGAGACUCAGAGUGGACUUUGCUGAUGCUGAGCAUCGGUACCAGCAGCAGUUCCUGCAGCCUCUCCCAAUACCACCGUUCGACAUGGUGGCUGAGUCGUUUGUCCACCGUGCCACUCCGGAACCUCUGCGGGUCAGGGAACGGACUCCACCGCAGCUUCACUUCAGGGAGAGAGAGCUCUUUCCUGCAACUGAGUGGCCCAACCCAGCUAUUCGUGAUCGGGUACGUGCCUCACCCUUUGAGCCUCUGGAGCACCUGGAACGUGAGCGGCGGGCGCGGGAGCCCUGGUCCUUGGAACGAGAGCUGCAGGGACGAGAACCUGCACGGAAGCGCCGUGUACUGGAGGAUGGACGCCACAUAGACCACUCCCCUGACAGUACCGAUAGGACAGUAAGACGUAGGCGUGCUUCUCCAGAUGGUAGUCCUGGAGGUAGCAGCAGAGACGGAGGGCGCUUCAGUGACUCAGAGCGCCCCCUGCGGGGUGAAAGACCCUCCCCCGCACGAGAACAUCACAGUGGACUAGAAAGGGUUGGGGCUGAAAGGAGACUCAAAAGCCAGAGUCUUUCAGAAAAAGGACCUUCAAGCAGCAACGUUUUAGCAGUUGGAGAGCGUAAGCGCAAAGCUGGCGAUGGUGGUAAGGGGCCAGCCAAGAGAGAACGUUCUGAGAGCAGCACCAAGGGUGGUCAGUCAUCCAAACCUGACGGCACCAGACUCGGUUUGGCCUGGCAUGGCAUGCUAUUGCUCAAAAACAGCAACUUUCCAGCCAAUAUGCACCUGCUGGAGGGCGAUCAUAACGUAGCCAGCGACCUGCUUGUUGAAGGCACAACAGGGAGGCAGGUGAAUGAGCUAAAGAUUACCCAACGUCUCCGUCUGGACCAGCCCAAGCUUGACGAGGUGUCACGACGCAUCAAGGUGGCGGGUCCCGGAGGCUACGCCAUCCUGCUAGCAGUUCCUGGCGCCACGGAGGAUGCAUCUUCAUCUGACCCUGCAGCUUCAACUCAGCGGCCACUUCGCAACCUGGUGUCCUACCUCAACCAAAAACAAGCAGCUGGAGUCAUCAGCCUGCCUGUGGGGGGCAGCAGAGAUAAAGACAACACAGGGGUUCUUCAUGCUUUCCCUCCCUGUGAUUUCUCCCAGCAGUUCCUGGAUUCCUCUGCCAAAGCUCUGGCUAAAAGUGAAGAGGACUAUCUGGUCAUGAUUGUUGUUCGUGGAGCAUCUUGAAAAACAUCAGAACACACUAAGUUCGAGUGGUGUAAAAAAGAAAAAAAAAAAACCUGCUGUAUGUCAGUAACUAUUGCAUGCUGUGUGUUCUGCAUUAUGGGGUACACUAGUAUGGUUCUUGAGUGUUUGUAUGUUGCCAUGUAAUCCACUAAAAGGACAAACACUGCCCUCCUACAAAAUUCAAAUGAUGUGUGUUUUUGAAAUUAUUUUCAAAGAGUGCAUAAAUUGCUCUCAAGGUCAUAAACCUGCAGUAAUCCAGUACAGUGAAACAGGAAAAUAUGAGGAGAAUUUGCCGAAUCUAUUUUAUUUAAGAAGAGAUGCAUCAAAUAGAAAACAAAUAUUUGGUUCAUUCACAGGGUUAAAAAUGUACCCACCCCCAGUUCCAUUACAAGAAAAGCAAAUGUAGAAAUGCCAUGAAUGGACACAGUAACACCUCAGACUCCCUCAGAAGCUACUGUAGUGUCGAAUGUCACAUCUAUCAGACACAUUAUUCACAAAAUCUAAAAAUGACAAGCUUAAAGUUCACUUAUACUGAGCUGUCUGAGAUCGUAUAGGUGUUGUUGUGUCUAUCUCCUGCACUGGUAUUUAUGAGGGGAAGGGAAUGGGAAAACAUCCUUUUCAAAGCUUUGAAUUACAGUGCAAUAAUAUUUCUACUAUAAUCACUUUGUUUGACGGAUGGAGACAAAAGAGUGCAUGACAUUUUUGAAUUGAAAGUUUUCAGUAAUGGUGUAGUGAAUGAUUUGGUAUUGCAGUUACAAAGCUAAUCUCUUUGGAGAAGGAAUCCUGGUUACAUUUUGAAGGUCAGAGCAUGUUGGACAAGUCUUCUUCAGCACAACACACUCGCCAGACAUGUUCACCUUGCCUUCCACAAGUAACAUACUUGAUGACAAAAAGAUAACUCUCCUGAAUGGAGUUUGGUGUACUGAAGAAGAAUUGUACGCUGUUUUUUUAAUUUUAAAGGUCUCUAGAUACAAUUCACUAUUUCAGUUACCUGUGUUGUGAAUAAUGUUUGACAAGUGACAGAUUAUGUUCAGGUUCAUGGUUUGGAUUUGAGUGUAUCUAUUUUUAACUUGUGCCGCAAUGUCGGAACACCAAAUUGCAAGAUAGACAAUGAACUCAGUGUGUGUCCACUGGUCAGACUACGUUGUCAACUCAAUGUGGAAUGCUCAAUACUAACAGAUGUGAGGGGGUUUUUUUUGCCUAGGGGACAGCCCAUAACACAACACGUAUAGCGUAGUAAAUCAAAUACUAACAUGUUUUUCAUAAUUUCUUUUUUUACUCCAUAUUUUAUUUCGUGCAUCUCUAUGAAAAUCUACAGUAGUAAUGGAUGAAAAAUAAGCUUAGAGAGGUUUGUGUUGUUUCAUUUAUUGCUCUGAAACCAGUUGGUCCUCCAAGAAUAAUAAUAUUCAGUAUAAGUAAAAUGUUGGUACAAAAUAACCUGCUAUUUGUUCAGUGUAAUUUUAAAGUUUUAAAAACAAUAACAGUUAAUGUUUGAAUUUAAAGUCUGAAGAGCUAAAUUUGACAGUAUUUUAUUCAUGCCUGCCAACAUGUUCCCAAGGCCUACUUACCGUAUUUGGUUUUGACAUUGUAUGUUCGUCAUGCAAUAGUUACCCACCCUGAAUUAUAAUUUGCUGAGUUUGGUUUAAUGUGUAUUGAAAACAUUGAUAUGUCAGAAAACUGUUACAUGUGUGAACACGUCACACCCACUUCAGCGUUGGACUCAUGAGGAACCAAGUGCAGAGCUGAACACCUCUGCAGAGAAGUGUUUGUGAGUCCUCGCUAAUGAGGCAGCUUUUAAGUUGUGUGUCCCCUCUGCACCUGUGAUGACUCCUGUUUUUAAAUGGAAAAUUUGAGCAGUGUACACUUGUCAACAAUGUCAUGGGAAAGGAAAAUCCGUAGAGCCCAUGCGAAGCUGUUCACAUACCUGCAAGUGCGUUUGGGCACUUAAUGUGACCGAUUGUCAAUAAAUUGUUCAUUUGAAGGGAAA